AUGGCGGCAGACUGCAGUCCAGGCGGCAGAGGCGGCGAACGCCCGCCGGCCCGGCUCAGCGGCUCCGUCUUUGCCUUUGCGUGCAAGCAAUCGACAGAUUCAGGCAGGCAACUAGGCAAGCACCGCUGGACUCCGGCGGGUGGUAGUGCGGCGGACGGCGGCCCGGUGGGUGGCAGCAACCGGCAGGUAGCAGACGAUGAGCUAGUUGGCGCGAUCGCGAUCAAGAUUACUGUUGGUUUUGGGGGAUUGUUUUCAUUUCAUGAAAUUGUGCCUUCUGGUAGCGGCAGCUUCAUAUGUUUUUUUGUCACGAAAUGGGAUUUGGGUGAUGCCUCAAGCCUUGCCAUGGCGGAUCCAUCAUUGAAUAGCUGUCCUUCUGUCAGUAAUUCUGGAAACGAAGAAGGCAAUAAAUCAAAGAAUUCUCCGCCUCCUUCUUCCCCAGAGCUUCGUCCGCCUUCUGCUGCCCCAGAGCCUACCCCUCCUCCUCCGCCUCCCUGUUCCCCAGAGCCUCCUCCGCCUCCUUCUGCCCCAAUGUCUCUUUCUGCCCCAAUGCCACCCACUCCUCGUUCGUCUUCAGCAGCACCUCCCGCGAAAGAAUGGGUUUCUCCAAGCGGCAGCCAGAACGUGGGGAAGUUCGUCGGGCUCGUGUUCUUGGGAAUAGCCGGAGUACUGCAAGUUGGAGUUGUCUCCUACUUGGUCUUCAAGAGACGGCAGAUAACUCGGACUCAGGAUGAAACCGGAGUUCGUCUUGUUAGACGAAUCCACGAUUAG